GAAAAUACUCCCUCCGACCCUCUUUCUCUCUCUCCAUCUUCGGGGAAUAUUAUUCCUUUUUCUUCUCCCAUCAGGCACAUUACCCUCCCGCCUGAUCUCCCCGUGCAACUUGACAUUCUUCUUUCAUUCUUGAUAUAUAUAUUUAUAGACCCGCUGAAAUAUAGACGCAUAUUUUUCCUCAGUCGAAACCGCGAAAAAUCGGUUGCGACGCUUCCCCGACUCCCGCACAUCCGCCCCAACCGGCAUCAUGCGGUUGAUCGCUAAUCUGCUGCCCCUUCUGGUGACCAGCGUCUUACCUGCCUACGCCAAAGAUGAUGCCACUACUAUAACCUCAGCAGGGGAUGGUGCGCUCGUGUUGACCGGGUCUGUCACCACCUCCAUCAGCGAAGCGACGCUUCCGACAGGUGACUAUCUUUCGUACACCACAACGAUCACGCUCUCCAACGAUCACACAACUGGAACCACCACAAGAUCCGGCGUCAGCACGAUCACCGAUGCCAGCACUUCAAGGAAUGCCACCGCCACGACGAGCUCGCGCUCGACUUCCAGCUCCAAUUCGCUGACCCUGUUGGUGGGGGGUGGCCACCAUACCAUGAAUGGCACUGCCAAUGCGACGUCGACUUCCACCACCUCCGCAACCUCGACCCCAGUCGUCAACACACAGCCCUGCAAUGGAUACUCUGACUUCUGCUCGCGCAAGUACUCCAACAUCACCAUGGUCGCCGCGCACAACAGCCCAUUCGUCAAACCGGGCAACGCCGCAGCCAACCAGGCUUACAAGGUGACCGAUCAGCUGAACGAUGGCAUUCGCAUGCUGCAAUUCCAGACACACUUGGUCAACGGCACCUUGUAUCUCUGUCACACCAGCUGCGAGAUGUUGAACGUGGGCAAACUGGAGGACUACCUGACCACGGUGACGACUUGGAUCAAGACGCACCCCUACGACGUGGUCACGAUCCUGAUCGGCAACUACGACUAUGUGGACCCGGGCAACUUCACGGCGCCCGUGGAAAACUCGGGACUGAUGGACUACGUGUGGACGCCGCCCAAGAUCCCCAUGGUGCUGGACGACUGGCCGACGCUGUCCAACAUGAUCCUCUCCGGCAAACGUGCGGUCGUCUUUAUGGACUACCAGGCCAACCAGACGGCCUAUCCCUGGCUCAUGGACGAGUUCUCGCAGAUGUGGGAGACCCCGUUCUCGCCCACGGAUGCAGCGUUCCCCUGCACGGAGCAACGCCCGCCUGAUCUGUCGGUCGAGGACGCCAAAAACCGGAUGUAUAUGGCCAAUCACAAUCUGAACCUGGAUGUGAACAUCGGCAGCAUCAGCCUGCUGAUUCCCAACACGGCCAUGCUGAACCAGACCAACGCGGUGUCGGGCUACGCGAGUCUGGGCCGGAUGGCCGAGAACUGUACAGAUAUGUGGGGUCGCCCUCCGAACUUCCUGUUGGUGGAUUACUACAACUACGGCAACUUUAACGGGUCCGUGUUUGAAGUGGCUGCCGAGAUGAACAACGUCACAUACAGCGGAUCAUGCUGUGGAACAGCGUCAUCUGCACCAACACUUGUGCCGGGACCCAGCGUGCUCGGCACGGUAUUGCUGAUGGUGGGAGUGUCAUUGAUGGGGUGGAUGUUUUAGCUUUGAGUAUAUACCUUAUAUAAGUUUUUUCGGUUUUUCUGACAGACAUGAGAAAUGAGUCUUGUAUGAUGUAUAAUGAAUAUAUAGUGUGGACAAUGCAGCGAUUCAUGCA